AUGACGCUGAGGGUGAAAAAGAGGUCCGGCUGGGAGCUGACGGGCCGCCAUGGGGUCCUCAAAGAAGCACCGCGGGAGGAAGAGGCGGCCUUGACCGCGGCGGCGGCCGGCACCGGGGGUGCCACCGAGCAGCCGCGGCGACACCGAGAGCACAAAAACCACCAGCACCGGAGCGGCGGCAGCGGCGGCGAAGGCCGGGAGCGGAGGAGCCGGGAACGCGGGGCCGAGCGCGGGAGCGAGACCGAGGCCCGCAGCGUCAGCCUCGAGGAGACCAAUAAACUCCGGGCGCAUUUGGGGCUGGAACCUUUGGAAGUCAGUGCCCUGGGGAAGGAGGCGGGCACCAAAGAGGAGCCUCUGGGGGCGGAGGACCCCUGGCCGGACGCCGCCGCAGCCUGGGUCGAGAGGAGCCGGCAGCUGCAGGAGGACUUGGCACAGAAGAGGAGCCGGCAGCUGCAGGAGGCGCAGGACUUGGCAGAGAAGAGGGCCGAGCUGCAGGAGGAGGUGGACCGCGAGGCUGGUGUCAGCGCGCUGGUGGAGGAGGCGUUCGGGCGGGGGCGGCGGGACCUGUCCACUGCCCGGCACCUGCAGGGCCUCACCGUGGAGCAUGCCAGGGACUCCUUCCGAGAAGGGCAGACCGUGACCCUCCCCCUGAAGGACAGAGGCGUGCUGCGGGAGGAGGAAGACGUGCUGUUGGUGAACGUGAGCCUGCUGGAGACGGCGCGGGCGGAGGAAAACGUGGAGCUGCGGGGGGGAAAAAGCCCGACUGCCCGCCCUGUCUGUGCAGAGGAUGAGAGUGUGGGUGACCCGGCGCAGCAAAAACCCCGCUCUGUGCUGGCCAGGUACGACGAGGAGCUGGAGGGCGAGCGGCCGCGCUCCUUCCGUUUGGGGCAGGGCGGCCUUGCCCAUGGCCUUGGGGAACGGGAGCUGGAAGAGAUGCGCACCAAGCCGGGGCCGCAAGCUCAGUCCCGGAGCAUGGCCGGGCCGCGGCUCGCCUCCGAGUACCUGACGCCAGAGGAGAGGGUGGCCUUUAAAAAGACCAAGCGGAAGGUGAAGAAGAUCCGAAAGGAGGAGGAGGAGGAGGAGGAGGAGGAGGAGGAGGAGGAGGAGGAGGAGGAGGAGGAGGAGGAGGAGGAGGAGCCGGCGUCUCAGCCCCCACCGUCAGAUGACACUCGGGUGGAAAACAUGGACCUCAGUGAUGAGGAGGAGGACGGGCUGCCACCUGGGUCCCCAGAGCGGCUGGAGGAGGAUGAGGCGGAGCUGGAGCUGCAGAAGCAGCUGGAGAAGGGCCGCCGGUUACGGCAGCCGCAGCAGCUACACCAGCUGCGGGACAGCGGCGAGAAGGUGGUGGAGUUUGUGAAGAAGCUGGAGUCCCGCCAGCGGGGCUUGGAGGAGGAGGAGGAGGGUCGGAAGGGGACCCUCGUGUUCAACGCCACGUCAGAGUUCUGCCGUACCUUGGGGGAGAUGCCCACCUACGGGCUGGCCGGCCACCGGGAGGAGCAGGAGGAGCUCAUGGACUUGGAAAGGCACAAGGAACGCGUGGCCAACGGCAGCUCUGCGUCUGACCGGGAGGCGAACAUUGGCUGGAGCACAGUCAGCCUGGAGGAGGAGAAGCAGCAUCAGGACUUCUCUGCCUCCUCCACCACCAUCCUGGACGAGGAGCCCAUCGUGAAUAGAGGGCUGGCAGCCGCGCUGCUCCUGUGUCGGAACGAAGGACUGCUGGAGACGACGGUGCAGAAGGUGGCCCAGGUUAAGGCACCCAACAAGUCCCUGCCGUCAGCAGUGUACUGCAUUGAGGACAAGAUGGCCAUCGAUGACAAGCAUAGCCGGCGGGAGGAGUACCGGGGCUUCACCCAGGACUUCAGGGAGAAGGAUGGCUAUAAGCCUGAUGUUAAGAUCGAGUAUGUGCCCCUAACCGGGCCAGCGUGUGACGUCACCACGCAAGGGGCGGGGAGCAAGCGAAAGGUGUUACCAUAG